GUCCUUUGAGCUUUGCCAAUCGACGGGUGCCAUCCAGACUGACUGCCAGAUUCCCGCCCAGCAGAGCAGAAACAGAGCCAACCUCUUGGGUCCUGGAUAAAGAGAAGGAGGAGAAUAAGUCUCGCUUCCUUCCUCAACCCUGUCGGACAUGGCGAGGGCUGGUCCCCAGAGACGAGGAGACGCUGAGCACCGAGGAGGAGCCGGUGGAGGCCCUGCUGGGCCUUGUCCGCAGCCCCCAGUCGCCCUGGGCCACGCCGCCCGGCGCCAGCACGGAGGACGGCUUCCUGAGGGAGCUGGCGAUUCAGAACCCACUGAAGCUCAAAGAUUCCUUCUUCUACUCCUACUUCCGCUCCUUGCGCGUGGUGGAUAAGGAGGUGAGCGAGGUGGACAAAGACCUCCUGAAGUUCCAGAGGCUUGAAGAGCUGGUGCUGAGUGCCAACCGAAUCCGGGUGAUCAAUGCUGCCAACCUGCCUCCGACUCUCAAGGUGCUGGAGCUCUACGGCAACGAGAUCGCCAGCAUGGACUGUCUGUGCGUCCACCCACCCCCGGCCCUCCAGCACCUAGGCUUGGGCCACAACAAGCUCCUGGGCCCCUUGGAGAGUCUCUAUGUCACCGCUCACCACUGGCCCAACCUCGUCUCCCUGGACCUGAGCUUCAAUAACCUGACAGACCUGCAGAGCCUGGUGGGCAGCCUGCACUCCCUAAGGCAGCUGCGGCUCCUGGUGCUGCAGGGGAACCCGCUGGCCCUAGUGCCCUACUACCGUGGCCUCACCAUUGACACCCUGUCUCGGCUCUGCGUGCUCGACGACACCACCGUGUCCCCCAAUGAGAAGCAUCUCUUCCGGGGACUCAAUGUCAACGCAGAUCUGCUAGUGCAUGAGGCCCAGCUGGUGGUGACCAUUGGGAAUGUCACAGGCGUGCUGGACUCUUCUGUCUUGGACCCAGAACCAGGGCCGGAGGGGCCUUUCAUCACUUACAGCUACUACGUGACCUACGACUUUGUGGAGGAUGAGGAACUGCAGGAGGAGGGCAACUACGCAGCCGGGGUGCUGGCAGAGAUUGUCAAGCCCAGGUCCAUCGCUGAGGUCAUUCCUGAGGAGUCCCCGGAGGACGUGAAGGAGGCUGACGGCUCCACAGAGUCGGGUGCCAUGACCGAUUCGGGGGAGAUAGAUGGGGACUCCACCUCUGGGGCCGCCUCGGCUGCCCUGGUCCCCUCCAAUGACUCCGCCACCGAGGAGCUGGCCAAACUGCGGCCUCACGUGGAUCCUCGGCUCUGGCCUUCCCCAGGGACGGUUCUCUUCAGCACAAUGCGGAAGCCGUGGACCAACGUGAUCCCCUGCCACUACGAGAUGGUGCACACACUGCGGGACCUGGUGCCACUCAAGGCCUUCCUGCUGGCAGGGACCACGGUGACCAUCGUGGAGGAGAAGAUUCUGUCCUGGCCGCUGGUCCCACCCUCCAUGGAGACCCCCUCGACAGGCAAGAAAGGAAAGCAAGACAAGGACAGGAAGGACCAGGACAGCAAGGACAAGGACAAGAAGGGCCAGGACAAGAAGGACAAGGACAAGAAGGGCCAGGACAAGAAGGGGAAGGGAGAGAAGCAGGCUAGCAAGGAACAGAAGGGGCCCAGGAAGCCCCCUAAGGAGCUUCGCCAAGACCCACCCAUCUUGACAGUGCUAGGCAGCGGCAUUGUGGUUCUGGAGCCUUUGCUGGCUGGGGAACCUCUCGUGUCCACCGUGUGCAACUUUGGGGUGGUCCGCACCGUGGAGUCAGACAAGUUGAUGUUUGCCAGGGACAUGAAAAGUAAAAAGAAUAAGAAACUAGCGAAAAAAGAAUCCAAGAGGGUCGACCUGGCGCUGGGCGACCUCCACAUCCCCGAGCCGCUGACAGUGGAGGUGCACGUCCAGCUGAACCAGUGCCGCACGGCCGAGGAGGCGCUCAAGGGCUUCUCCAUUUAGGGCAGGCCGCUCCUUAAAGGCUGUUCCCAGAGCGGGCUUGGGUGUCUGUUUGGCGGCCGCGCGGGGCGCUCCUGGGGAGAAGCGGCUGCUCUGGUUGGACUCGGGCGCA